AUGACCUAUGCAGAGUUAUUACCGCAUCUGGUUAGCAAUUCUAUGGUUGCACUAUGUCCCGGGAAAACUAUAGAACCACCCUACCUAAAAGGAUAUGACUCGAAUGCUGUGUGUGAUUACCACUCUGGGGCUGUAGGACACUCUACUGAAAACUGCUUAGCUUUAAAAUUUAAGGUGCACGAUUUGCUUAAGGCUGGAUGGUUGAAUUUUAAAGAAAACGAGCCUAGCGUGAAGAAUAAUCCUCUACCAGUCCAUGGUGGGCCAAUAGUGAAUGCAACCGAAGAAAAUCACCAGGUAAUAAGGGAGGUCGAGAAAAUUAAGGCCCCGAUGGGACUGAUUUUCUCUGAGUUAUGUAAAUUUGGGUUAAUCCAAGGAAAUGCCGAUGUGAAAGCAAGAUGCAAUUUCCACCUCAAUGAAGAUCAUUCCAUAGAAGAAUGCAACGAGUUCAAAAAAGAACUUCAAAAAUUGAUAAACAUAGGCACCAUUCAAAUAGGUCGUUGGGAAAAGGAUGACGGUAUGAUUGCAACCCAAUCAGAAGAAAAACUUGGCAUAACCAUCCCAAAGCCAUUGGUCAUUCAUUUCACUAAGGAGGAAAGUAUGAAUGCCCCCGGUGAUUUGAGGACCUUAAUAGUUCAGAUACCAAGCCCUUUUUCAUAUAAAGACAACAAAGCCGUACCUUGGAACUAUAAUGUAGAGGUACAUCUAGCUAAACAGAAGGACAAAGAUGUUUCUAGCUCUAAAACCACCGCUGUCACAAACGUUUCAGGAAUAGGAAUGACUAGAAAUGAUCGGAUAUGCUCCCCAGGAAAAUCACAAAGAGAAAUGAGAGUGGUGUUUGAGAAGGCAUACACAGAUAAAGAAGAAAAGAAAGUCGAAAAUGAGAAAGUGGAAAAUGAGGUUUCUAAUGAAGAAGCUCAGGAAUUUCUCAAAAUCAUCAAACAGAGUGAAUACAAAAUAGUCGACCAACUCAACCAUACUCCUACAAGGAUUUCAUUGUUAUCCCUAUUGAUGAAUUCUGAGUCCCACCGGAAGCUAUUGAUGAAAAUACUAAAUGAGGCUCAUGUAACUCACGACAUCACCGUGGACAAAUUUGGAGGCAUCAUAAAUAACAUCACAGCCAACAAUCACCUAACUUUCACAGAUGAUGAGUUGCCGACCGAAGGGAGAGGGCAUAAUAAAGCACUACACAUAUCAGUAAUGUGCCUCGACCAUAUAAUGUCAAGAGUCCUCAUUGACAAUGGCUCCUCACUGAAUGUCAUAUCCAAAUCAACAUUAGCAAAACUACCUUGUGAUGGUACAUAUAUGAGACCAAGUCCCAUGGUUGUUAGAGCUUUCGACGGGAGUCGCAGAGAAGUAAUGGGGGAAAUCGAUCUCCCAAUUCAAAUAGGCCCGGUCACAUUCGAAAUCACGUUUCACGUGAUGGAUAUUGUACCCGCUUAUAGUUGCUUAUUGGGGAGGCCAUGGAUCCAUUCUGCCGGCGUAGUGCCAUCAACCUUACACCAAAAGCUGAAGUAUAUGAAAUGA